AUGGCAGCGCUGGGAGCCCUAGUGAAGAAAGUGUGGAGUAUCCGCAGCUUCUUGGUGCUUCUCUGCUCCCCGCUGGUCCUGCUGCCCAUCCUCUUCAGCCUGCCCCCCAAGGAAGGAAAAUGUCUCUAUGUAAUUCUCCUCAUGGCUUUCUACUGGUGCACCGAAGCGUUGCCAUUGUCUGUGACGGCUCUUCUUCCCAUAAUUCUCUUUCACUUCCUGGGGGUCCUCCCCGCCAGCAAAGUUUGCCCCCAAUAUUUUUUAGAUACCAAUUUCCUCUUCCUGAGUGGCUUGAUCAUGGCAGCUGCCAUUGAAGAGUGGAAUCUGCAUCGCAGGAUCGCUCUGAGAAUCCUCAAGUUCGUGGGAGUCCAGCCAGCCAGGCUCAUUUUAGGAAUGAUGUUAACAACUUCCUUCCUGUCUAUGUGGCUGAGUAACACAGCCUCGACAGCCAUGAUGCUACCAAUCGCAACAGCAGUCCUGAAGAGUCUCUUUGGAGAGAGAGAAACAUCCAGCAGGGAGAAUGAGGAAAACAAAG